GCACGCGGACUAUGCCCAGGGGAUACCGAGACUAGAGAUGAAAUCAUUGAAGUACUGGAGAUUGCAAGUGGCGAAGUUUCGGAAAAUCUUGACGACAACGGUGCGGUUAAAAAUGGUGCGACUAGCAAAGGCGCGAAUAACCGUAGAGGUGCAAGUAACGGAGAUGAAGCCAACGACAGUGGUGCGAGUAAUGGAAAAGUAGCGGACAACAAAGGUGCGGGCAACAAAGGUGCGGAAAACAAGGGUGCGGACAAGGACAAUGGCGCGAAAACGGGUAAAUUCCCAGAUAACGGCAACGGGGCGAACAACGUUAAUACUGGAAAUUUCGUAGGUGCGAUCAAUACUGGUGGUAAAAGUGGUAACGGUGAUCAGCAGCAGCAGCAAGAAAACAACGGGUCGAUGCGCCUACGUAGUGGAAGAUUUGGCCACCAGAUAUUAGGCUGA